AUGAGUGAUUCAGAUUUUGAAUGGGAUGAAGCGUUGUCAGCGGAUCUCUCUAAGAGUAAAGUGGCACGAGCUUUUAUUCCAGAAAGUGAAAUCAUUGACAAUUUCAAUACCGUUCAGCAUUGUUUAUGGACAGAUUGCAACGAUAAGUUUGAUAACCUGGACCAGGUGGUGAGUCACAUCAACCACACGCAUAUUUCCAAUGAUUCCAACAAAGAUCACUGUUGUAAUUGGAGAGACUGUUCUAGGAAGGGUAUACCUCAGGCUAGUCGAUUUUCUUUAAUGUCACAUGUUCGAUCACAUACAGGAGAAAGGCCCUUUUAUUGUCUACUACCGGAAUGUCCGAAACAUUUCACAAGAUCAGAUGCGUUAUUGAAACACAUAAAGACGAUACAUAACAUCGAUUCUCCAAAUGAAGCUCAAGAGGAAGUGUUUCCAUGGUGGUACCCCUCUUUGGAAAGCGAUAAGCAAAAGCUUGAAUUUGUAAACGAAAAGACAGUUAGAGACAGGUAUUUAGACCUACUAGAACGGUUUGAAUCCGGAGAAUUGUCCAAGGACAACCUUUCCAACUACGGCGCGCUUUUCAAUAUCAAUCACAUUGACGUUAAUAACAACCUGAAAAAACAUAUUCUGGAACGAGCUAAAGAACAUUAUGAAACUCUGGCAGAAAAUAAUGUCCACCUUCCUUCAGAUGACGAUAUUGACAAGUUGGGCACUGAAGAGUUGGUGCAUUUAGCUGACACGCUAGAGCGAUACGAGUCUCAGUUGAAGGCAUUUCACGACAAUGUGUACACUGAGUAUGGAAAUGAACUUAACGAGACAAAAAAAUGGAGUUACAAGCUAUUGACUGUUCAAAAUGCUGUCUUUAUGGAUAAGUUAGAGAAGGAGUUGUGA